GCUGCUAAUGUCUGCUUCAGUUAGCUUUUCUCAACUCACCUCGCUAUCCAAUCAAUUAUUGAUAACAAACCACAGCAGGUCUGUAUUCACCUAGCUAAUGUUUGGAACGUUGUUGUGGGAACGUAGAGAUAUUUUCAGUAAUAGCCCGUUGCGAAAUGGGAAGCUUGUAGAAUAUAUUGUACUGAGAAAGUUUCCUUUUACUCCACUGAUAAUAUCACACUCGACGUUAUGGCUUGAACGUGGAAAAUGUCCGAUAGGCCGGUGUUAUGCGCAGCCUGUGACGAGCCCAGUCCCGGGCCAAUAAGACGUUUAUACUAUCAGCCACGAAAACACGGUCCAUUUUUCCCGAUACUGGAACAACAGAAAGUUGGGGUCAAAGCAAGUUUAUUUUCCGGAGGACGAGUUGUCGUAUGCACAGGCUGUGCCAGCCAUUUGCAAAGACAGUGGAUCGCAUUCGAAAAAAAGUGGACUCCUUUGGAAAAACGAACCUACACACUCUUAGCAGGUAAAUUCGAUGUAAUUAAAAUAGUCUGAAUUUAUCACUGGAUGAGAUAAUUUUGACAUCUUUGCAGUUUAUCAGAGGUUAAGUUAUGAAAUAUAUAUGUAUCGUCUGGAGUUAUUAAUCACCAAAAUAAGCGUACGUUGACUAGAGCACGAUAGUACAAACAAAUGGUUGAUACAGCUUCUCAGCUACCUAUCAGUGACUCAGCAAUGAAUAAUUAUUUGUUAUCUUAGCCAGUUAUUUGCAAAGUUGCGUUGUAAAGUUGUAAAAUUUGGGUUGCUCUACUGUUAAGUCAAAACUGUAUCGUCUGUUCUCGAUAGUUAUCAAUGUAUGCUAGUCCUAUACGCUACAACUUCUAAUAAAGGGGAUUUUGACGUUAAGACUUCAAAAUGAUUUUUUUCAAGCGUUAUUCGGGCCAAAGAGAAUCAUUAUUUGCAACAUGGUACUUGUCAGAACGCGUCAAAUACUUACGUCACUCUUCAAAAUACCAUACCAUAUGGGUGCCGCUUAUAACUGCGAAAAAAACUUUCGAUUGGAUCGCCGCUACAUCUGAAUACGAAAGACAACAUCUAUUCAUUAGGAUUUCCGUAUCACGAUAUGAUUAAUUCGUGGGAUACAGCCGUAAUACAGGAAACGAUUCAAAACAUACUUUAAGAGUGAUCAAUCCUUUUUUUCAAACACGGAAACUCAAUUGCAACUUGCUAGGCAACCGCACUUGUAAGGAACUCGCCAAUACGAAAAAGUUAAAAAAAAAUUGAUUUGCUCAAACGCUGUGUUAGAGAAAUCUGUUAUUGUGUGGUAGAAUUUUUAUAAUUUCCAAUACUUGUGGGCUUGACAGCUUUUUGCAAUUGUAAUAAGAGUUCAUUUACUAGCAUCCUCUUGUUGAGAGGCAUGAGUGUAUGAAUACAUUUUCAUUAUGUAAAAUAUGUAAGCUGGAAAAGAUUUGGGUCUAUUUUCUGUCUAGAGAUAGGGAUUUGGCCCGAGAACAUUUUGAUAAUCUCAAAGGAAGCAGUUUUGAUCUUUAGCGUCAGAAACCAGAAAAACAAUUUGAAUCAUAUAUAUAAUAUAAAUGACAAUUUAUAUAGCGCCCCAUCCAAAAGCUCUAAGGCGCUUCACAAUCAAACCAGAAGACAUGAUAACUUGACUUUUAAUAGCACUACACGUAAUAAGUGUGUAAAAACAUCGGACCAGACGCUGGCGGCAAAGAAAGGCGAUGUUUCUCAGCAGGGGUUUAAGAAUUUGCGGGGCAUCCCCGCAGGCUUUGAUGCACAAACUAAAGCAAGCGCACCAUUAAAAAAGGGCAACUUGGGAUCGCGCUUGGGAUCUUUUUGUGAACAUCUGCAUGCUCAUCAUAAUCAUAAAUGGAGUAUGGCCACUUAAGACAUGCUUAUUGAGUUUGGAGAGAAAUUUGCUGGUGUCAAAAACAUUUUUUAAAAUUUGGGCAAAGGUGCGCAUGCUCUUGGCCAGGUGUACGAUGAACUAUCGCUGGCUCUGCCAAAUGAUCACUCACAUUGAUUUCUAGAGCAAUUUUCAAUUGAGUGUCCGGGAUUGCAUCGGUUUUGCUCUACUUCGCUCUGUGAUUGGUCCAGAAAACUCGCGCCACUCUCUAAACCAAUCAGAUGCAAACUAAAACUAAUCAUCACGACUUGGUCGCCCGCGUUUUCCCGCGCCUUGGGCAGUUUGUUUGUUUCUACUUGGAGUUCUCAUUGGCUCUCUAGGGUAUUUUUCUUUCUUCUGAUUGGUUGUUCAAUCGAAAAGCGCUUUUAUCAUGCAUCAGUAAUCACUUGUUGAUAAUUAAUUCUCAAAAAGAUCAUUUAAUGUAAGUAAGUAUAUCAUGAUAUUGACAUUUAUGAUUAAUUAAAUCUCAGACUGACAACAUUGAAUGGUGGUUUUCCUAUUUGUGACAUUUCAGCCAGCAGGGCCCCAAAGGGUGAUGAUUUCAGCGAAGCUGGCUCGCAGGACCACGCGGCCAAACUUCAGUGGCGCAAAGCCGCCAAAUCACUGACAGUUCAACAUCAAAUCGUGGAUAGCUUCCAACACACGUCACAUGACGAUGAUCCGAGCCCCGUCAGCAGAUUCAGAAUGGCGGCUCAGAACGUCCAACACGAGAGAGAGGCGAACCCAGCUGGUUCUAGUCUCCACGAUGUGGUUCAAAUGGCGCGCGACGCAAAUGCUGAUUAUGAUACACCACGAUCUGACAGAAACGCAGGAAACUUGCAUCUUCCUGUUUUAGCGAGAAACUCUCCCGCAGAAAGACGCUUACCAGGGGGUACAUCAUCUGAAUUUCAAGACCAGCUUCCUCAGAAAUUACGCGAAAGCGCAGACAUUUUGAUACGAAAGGUGGCAGAAAUUCAAUACGAGGAAAAUCUGCGACAGUCGCAAGAAACCAUUCGUGAGGCGCUGGAUCGAGUAAAAAAGUCACAAGACCGAGCGCAGUUUGUGAAGAGCCUGGGGCGCGAUCUCAAAGAGCGACUUUACGGUGAACUUGAGUUCCGAGAUGCCAACAGAAGUUUAACCGAGGAAAGACGAAAGAAAGCUGUUCAGGCGCUCAAAGACAACGAUGACUCCAAACAUAAGCAAAUAUUAAAAGAAUUGGAAAAGGAGAAGGAAUGGCAGCGAAAAACAGAAGUCAUGAUUGCAACUCAGGAAAAGAGAAUCGAAGAACUUCGACAAGAGAUAAAGAUAGAAAUGCGGAGCAUUAUGGAAGAACAAAACAGGCAUUACGAGGAACUGAAGCAAAUGAUGAUAGAUUCCAGAGCAAUAGUACCUCAUAACGGCAGUGACCACGCGUACGUGAGUCUUGAUGGAUCAACGCAUUCUGGAUCUAAUCUGGAGGAUCUUAUUCCGAGUAGAAAGAGAAGGCGUAACAGGGAACCCAGUACAACUUCUGCCCUAGAGGAGCAUUCUCGUGCAAGCACGCCAGAAUAUUAUAUCCAGUAGAUCAGACGUUUUGAUAGACAAUUUUGUAAAUCAGUCAUACCUUUUUAUUCCCAGACUACCCCCUCCCCCCACCUUCACUAUUAAUGUACAGUAUAUAUUCCUGCCAAGGAAUAGACCCUAUAUGAAUCACACACAUUCUUCAUGAAAACAUUUCGGAGAAAUUUAAAUAUAACAGAACAAAGCAAUUCAUCUGGAGGCGAGGUGGCAAGAACUAUUAUACGGCUCUUUCGCCAGAGAAGUAAAAAUAAUCGUUGUUAAAUUUAUCAUAACGAUUCAUAAGCAAAUCUUUGAUUACCCUCGUAAUAAAAAGCAGUCGAG